AUGGAGUACCUGAGUAGAACACUGAAGGACAUGACAGAAAGCAAGCAGUACAAAUAUCAUCCCAGAUGUGCCAAAUUAUCACUAACUCAUUUAUGUUUUGCAGAUGAUCUUUUAAUAUUUUCCAAAGGAGAAACUGAAUCAGUUAAAGCUAUAAUGAAGAGCUUCAAUCAAUUCUCAAAAGCUUCAGGAUUGCAAGCAAAUAAAGGAAAAAAUUCAAUUUAUUUUGGAGGAAUGGGACAACAAGAACAAGAACAGAUACUGCAGGAAUCGGGAUUUACAAGGGGAGAACUGCCUUUUAAAUAUUUAGGAGUGCCACUUUCAACUAGAAAGCUGACAAUGAUACAGUGGAAACCAAUCAUUGAUAAAAUUGUGGCAAGAAUUACUUCACGGACAGCAAGAAAAUUAUCAUAUGCAGGAAGAAGCCAAUUGAUUAGCAGUGUCUUAUUUGGAGUUCAAUCAUAUUGGGCUCAAGUGUUCAUAUUACCAGUUAAAAAAGAAGAUAGAAUGUGGAAAAAAUGGAUACAUGCUUACUAUAUAAAAGGGCAGCAGAUGGAGCAAAUGAAACUACCAAAGCAGGCAAGCUGGAUGGUGAGGAAAAUACUGGAAGCAAAGCAGAUCAUAGAAGAUAAUAAUAUGCAAAUAUGUAAGGGAAAAGGGAUCAUCAAACAGAUAUAUCUGCAGCUACUGGAUGACCAGCCUAGAGUCUUAUGGAAAGGUUUGAUGUUUGGUAAUGCUGCAAGGCCAAAAGCAAAGUUCACUCUUUGGUUACAAAUGCAGAACAGACUACUCACAGUUGAUAGGCUGAAGAAAUGGGGGAUUCAAGGUGAGGACAGAUGCAGUCUAUGCGAGAAAGAAGAGGAAACUCGAGAUCACAUAUAUGUGGAGUGUACAUACACAAAAGAGGUAAUAGGAAAGUGA